UUGAACAGACAACGCCUAAUAUCCCUCCAUCGUUGUCCAUAUUUGUCCGGUAGAGGCAGAUAUACUGAAAUAGUGUUGUUUUCUGAUUCAGUGCCUGUGAUUUGUUCUCCUGUGUGUCUGGGAGAAUGGGCUUCUUGUAUAACGGAAACUUUGUUGUUUUCUUUCUUUUUUCAAACAGUGACUUGGCCCCUCCCACUCCUCGCUUCUACGUCACACCCUCCUUCGUCCAAUCACGAUCCUCCCCUCACAUUUUGCCCCUUCCACCCUAUAAGAGCUCCAAAAGUUCGUCCUGGUCCGAGCAAGAAAAAAAACCCCACCGUGGCGCACGGGGCCACAGCGCGAGCCCUGCGCGAGACCCUCAAAAAGCUUCUGCACCAAGGGGACACCCGGACCGCCAAGCCCCUCCAUCCCCCCCACCCUGUUGCCCCAGCCCGCGAUGUUCGACGAAGAGACGACGGCGCGCGAGGAGUCGAGUUCUCCAGCAUCGCCCGUGGACAGCCUUGGCAACAGCGAGGAGGAGACUGACGUGAGGCAACCGAAGCGCGGGGGCGCGCGGAAGAGGCGCGCGAGCGCGAGAAGCAGCGGCAGUCCGGCUGCGCCGGGCAAGCGGGGCAAACGAAGCGGAGGAAGCGCGAGCGGAGGCGGCAGCAGCCCGCAGUCCUUCGAGGAGCUGCAGACCCAGCGAGUGAUGGCCAACGUGCGCGAGCGGCAGCGCACGCAGUCGCUGAACGAGGCGUUCGCCUCGCUGCGCAAGAUCAUCCCCACGCUGCCCUCGGACAAGCUGAGCAAGAUCCAGACGCUCAAGCUCGCCGCGCGCUACAUCACCUUCCUCUGCCAGGUGCUGCAGAGCGACGAGCUCGACUCCAAGGUGGCCAGCUGCAGCUACGUGGCGCACGAGCGCCUCAGCUACGCCUUCUCCGUGUGGCGCAUGGAGGGCGCGUGGUCCUUGUCAACAUCGCACUAGCGGCGAUCGCGUGGACCCAAGUCGGGGGAGGGGGGGGGGGGUUGAAGGGAAGAACAUGAUAUCCAGCUUUGAGGAGCAGCAGGAGCGCAGGACGGAGGAGCCAGAGCGCAGCGCGCUGUGCAGACGGAGCACACUUGGAUUAUAAAAAGCAAAAAUGGGGAGAUUUCUGUGUUUGGAGGCUCUCUCGCCGGGGAGGAGCGUGGCGAGCGCUCGGGGCGGUCAGGAGACUACAGUGCACGAGGAACUUGCGCACACAACUGGCCCAGGCUGCGAGUCUCUGACGGCCAGUGUAGGAGCUGUGUGCUGUCUGCUGACGGACGGACCAUGUUGUCCAAAUCCCUGGACAGAAACAAGCAGACUGCAAGCAGCAGGACACGCUCGUGGAAUUUAUUUCAUGGGAGAACGACACUCGGCUCGUAUCUGUGUACUUUUUCCUUCUAUUUGUUUCCACUCUGGUCCUUGAAAUGUUUAUUUAUUUAUUGAUACUUGUCAUAAAGCAGGACUGGAUCUGGUGUCUUCAUGCCACUUCUGUGUUUCAUGUUGUAAAUAUGCGUUUAUAUUUUUUUCUGCAAUAAAACUGGUUUGAAUAUAAAGUA